UCACUCAUCUAUACUCCCUACAUGGCUGACACAACAACAAAGUACUCUAUACAACAGACACUCAACUUUAUUUAAAUGAUAUUCGACUUUGGAUCUGUGUACUACAUGUAUGGGGUAAAAAAAUAAAAGCUUAAAUAAUGAAGAGGAGAAAUGUGGAUUGUGCUAAGCUUCGUAGACCGUUAAAACGGACCAAAAUUGGUGAAGGAUUAUACGGAAGCACCUUUGUGUACAUCAAGUUUCUCCUGGUAUGGCUGCUUGUAUUGGCGGCAGAUUUCCUUCUGGAGUUCCGCUUUGAAUACUUGUGGCCUUUUUGGCUGCUUCUGCGUAGUGUCUACGACUCUUUCCGCUAUCAGGGUCUGGCAUUCUCCGUGUUGUUUGUGUGCAUGGCACUAACAUCUGACAUGAUCUGCCUCCUCUUCAUCCCGGUGAAUUGGCUUUUCUUCGCCGCUUCCACCUACGUCUGGGUCCAGUUUGUCUGGCACACAGAACGUGGCGUGUGUAUGCCCACGGUAAUAUUGUGGGCACUCUUCAUCUACAUUGAGGCACUUGUGCGCCUCAAAGAUAUAAAAAAUGUUCCCUUCCACUUAGAUUUGUGCAGACCCUUUGCUGCACAUUGUAUUGGGUACCCAGUAGUAACUUUAGGGUUCGGCUUAAAAAGUUAUGUUGGGUACAGAUUGAGACAGAGAAAGCAGCGUGAAGUUGCAAAAGAAAAUGAAUUUUAUUUGCAACUACUCCAAGAGGCAUUGCCACCAGAGUUGCAAGUCACAUCUAGUCCUGAUAAAUGUGUGAAGGAGAAGAGUGAAGAUCUCAGUAUCAGUAGUGAGGUGGAAGUUACUGCGGCCUCCAUCAACCACACAGGAGGAAACUGCAGUCUUAUUAGCAGUUGCAGUAGUAGUAGUAGUAGCAGCAGUAGCAGUAGCAGUAGUAGCAGCAGCAGUAGUAGUAGUAGUAGUAGCAACAGCAGUAGUAGUGGAGGAGGAAGUGGUGGUGGGGGAGGGGGUGGAAGUGUUGUGGGAGGGAGUGGGGGUGGUUGUGUUGGUAGUAGCAGAGGAAGUAGAGCGCUGCGGGUUGAAACGAAGUUGCCCGAGCAAAACCAUCCUGGUGAGGAUAGUCCCCCGCCACCUAUACACCGGCCAGAUAAAAAUCGCCUUCCUAAUGGCACCAUUCAUGCCGAGCUUGAAUAUAUGCAGAAAAAAGGGUGGUCCAAGUCUGUGAACGACUAUGACGAAAGUGAAGCGGAGAAAGAUAAGAGUGCGAAGACUAAUUCCGGAGGAAGCACUCCGUGUGGUGGCUCUUCUUCCACUCAAACCUCUGGCCUCAAUGGCAGUCUAGAAGCUGAAAAGAAGCGUGUUAAUGCUUCAGUUCAGAGUAAUGGAUCAGCCAAGAUUCCAGGAUCCCAUACAAACAAUUUGCGGGACUCUGGCUCAGGGGGCGGUGGACCUGUUUCCAGAGAUAAGAAAAACAAAAAUAAAGAAAGCAACAAAGACAGUACUCAUGGGCCCAAGGAGGAGACUGUCAACAUUAUUCGGCUUGAAGCUGACAUCAAGAGGUUAAAGGCAGACCUGCAAGCAUCGAGGCAAACAGAGCAGGAGCUACGCAAUCAGAUAAAUACACUCAUUUCAAGUGAUAAAAUUACGAGGCAGGAGAUGAACCAGCUUCAGCAAGAUAAUGACAACUUGCAAAAUAAACUUCAUGGGCUGGUAACUGCGCGACAAAAUGAUAGAUCAACAAUUAGUGGGCUUGAACGUCGACUUCAGGAAGAACGGCGUGCUCGCACUGCUGCUGAGAAUCAAGUAUCGCAGCUAGAACGGCGACAAAAGAAAGUUGAAGAGCAAGCUCAGGCUAGAGCACAUGCUUUAGCAACUGCCAAAAGCGAAUGCAGUGAAUCAUGCCGCAGUCGUCGUAAUGAACUUGAGGCAGAACUAAAGCGUUUGCGACGUGAUCAUCGUCUUUCAGAAGACCGUGUUCGAAAUGCGGAGCGGGAGAAUAUGACCUUACGGCAGUACAAGGAUAACCAAAAUGACACAGAGGUGCUCAUGUCUGCACUCUCUGCCAUGCAGGACAAGAAUACGCACUUAGAGACAUCUCUGUCUGCAGAAACAAGAGUAAAGUUGGACCUUUUCUCGGCUCUGGGGGAAGCAAAACGUCAGUUGGAAAUUUCACAAGGAAUGGUGUCUUCCAAAGACAAGGAAAUUGAAGACCUGAAGGCCAAGAUCACAGAGGUGUUAGCAGUGUGUCCCCCAACUAGCUUCCACAAUGCCUCUCUGGACUCGACUCCCAUUCAUUACACUUCAAAGCUUUUACCACAGGUGACAACUUCUGGUAUGGAACCCACUGCUUCCCUGGUGAUGGUUGAUGGGUUGAUGGAGACAUCACUGGACUCUCUGUGUGGACUUGGCUUUGCUCCUGCUGCACACACCCGUCCCCACACUGUUUCUCCACCCGUCCCCAUCUCCCCGCCUGUCCCCAUCUCCCCGCCUGCGCCCAUCUCUCCACCCGCUCCAAAAAACCCACAACACUCCACAUUGGAUCCCAACGCCCGGGUCUACACCCCCAAGGGCACUGUGACAUCUGAGGCUUAAAGUCAAGAGCCAAGGAAUGGCAAGACCAAAGCUGAAUGGUUUUAGGCAGAAUUUUAUUUGUUUCCAUAUUUGUUUAGGCUGAUAUUCUGGGUGUGAACACAAAUAGAGCAAAGUAUUUUCAGGUGUGGCUUUUAUAAUUUUUGUUUUUCUUAAAAUUGACCAUUUUUGCUGUGUCUGAAACCUGCUAAUGAGUAGGUGGUUGAACAUUGUCUACUGAUCAGCCAUUGAGUGUAUGAUCUAGAGUAAUUGUUUAUCAGGAUCCAACUAAUCUCUUGAAUCUAAAAGGAAUAAUAUUUUAAAAUCCUGUUAUCAAUAUAUUGUGUAUUGAAAUUUAAGAAGGACAUUAAUUUGUUUCUUUGGAAAUAAAUUAUUCAAUAGUUUUCGUGACAUAAUAUUUGUUAUUUUCUUUCGUGCAUUUUACAUCUUAUCCUCCUUGUUCAUUUAUAUUGGCUCUUAUUAUCCAGUUUCUCAUGCAAGUUAUACAAUACCACUGUGACGUGCUGGCCAAGAACACUCUGUUGCAUGCUGUAUGAGAACAUUAUGCGUUGUGUUCUACAUGAGAACAUCAUGUGUGGUGUUCUACAUGAGAACACCAUGUGUGGUGUGCUACAUGAGAACACCAUGUGUGGUGUGCUAUAUGAGAACACCAUGUGUGGUGUUCUACAUGAGAACACCAUGUGUGAUGUGCUACAUGAGAACACCAUGUGUGGUGUGCUACAUGAGAACACCAUGUGUGGUGUGCUACAUGAGAACACCAUGUGUGGUGUUCUACAUGAGAACCCCAUGUGUUAUGUGCUACAUGAGAACACUGUGUGUGGUGUGCUAUAUGAGAACACCAUGUGUGGUGUGCUACAUGAGAACACCAUGUGUGGUGUGCUAUAUGAGAACACCAUGUGUGGUGUGCUACAUGAGAACACCGUGUGUGGUGUGCUACAUGUGAACACCAUGUGUGGUGUGCUAUAUGAGAACACCAUGUGUGGUGUGCUACAUGAGAACACCAUGUGUGGUGUGCUACAUGAGAACACCAUGUGUGGUGUGCUAUAUGAGAACACCAUGUGUGGUGUGCUACAUGAGAACACCAUGUGUGGUGUGCUACAUGAGAACACAAUGUGUGGUGUGCUAUAUGAGAACACCAUGUGUGGUGUGCUAUAUGAGAACACCAUGUGUGGUGUGCUAUAUGAGAACACCGUGUGUGAUGCACGAGGACACCGCAUGUUUAUGUUAGAAAAGUCAUUUAUAUAAUAAAGAUAGUGGCAAGCUAUCUUAAAGGUGUGUAUUAACACAGGUAAAGAGUUAUAAUUAUAAGUUUUCAAGUACUUGUUUUCCUAGCCAUUAUUUACAACUCCUUGGUUAAGUUACAUAAAUUAGACACAGCAAGUGAAUGGCAAUGUAGCUGAAAUACCUUCUCGGCCCCUUGACAAUUUUCACGCUAACUUUAUAGGAUUAUCCUGUCAAGCAAAUUUGAAAUAAUUGUUCAUGUUAAAAUGUUGACAUAAGUAUGAAGCGGGAAGUGCUAGAAAGUAUGCUGGCCUGUUUUGCAACUUUGGUUACACUUAUUGUCACAUAUGUGACCAUGGGUGUGUGUGCCUGCACUCGAGUCUGUUUGUCAUGAUUAUGAGUGGGUGAUUGUGUGUGUACAUCAUGCUGUGUGUGUACGUGUGUGUGUAUCAGUAAUUGUCUUGCGAAUGUCUCGCUCUUGGGUUGGCAGCAUCAAUACUCGGUUUUAAUUUUUGUUCUCAGUACUGUAUAUAAUUACCCAGAUCAUACCAGUUAAAUACUGUAUAACUAAAACAUUACUUGAGGCAAAUUAUUUUGUUUAGGUAUUAUAAGGAAAAUGUCAAGUUUAUUAUUUUUCAUUGGGUGGGGUAGAGAACUAUUGGAAAGUUUCAGUGGAUUUCUAUAUGUUAUUUAAAGUGUGUAUAUUUUUAUUAUUUUGAAACUUAUUAAAUUUAUCAGACAACUGAUUUACCUUGUUCUCAAACAGUUGGCAUUUGUAAUAAUAAUGGAUAAUUCUAUAUGAUUUGCACUGUAAUCAUUAUUUAUAAAUUCUUCCAAAAUGAUCUCAUAUGCUUAGCAGAUUACAACAUCCUUAAAUUCUGUUUUUCCUAAUGUAUCUUUGAUGAUAAUUUCAUCAGUUUUAAGGUUACUUUGUUUUUGAAGAGAUCAAUAGGUGAUCAGAGUUGUCAUAAUCGGGUUAAGGUUACGUUAGUGUUUACUACUUGAAAUUCUGCAUUGGUAAAUAUCUUCUUUACAGACCAAUAAUAAUAUAGGAAUUAUUACCAACAUGUCCUGGAUAACCAAGAGAAAAUUUGAUCCUGUAAAGUAUUAUAAUGCAUAUGUUGUAUGUUGGAGUUGACAUAAAUUACAGAGCAUCAUACUUGAGAGGAAAGUGUAUUAGGCUUCACCCUCAGAACCCACCACAGUACAUGCUCCUAGCAUUAUUCCAUUAUGUACACAAAUAAUCUUAUAAGCUUCUUUUUUGUAUUAACAGAAGCGCUCCCCCCCCCCUCCUCCCAUCUCCACAAUGCUAAGGCGUUAGCCUUUGAAAUUCUUGUACUGUAAUUUAAUCUUCCUGUUCAGUGUUGAUGGUCAGUCAUAUACACCUGCCUGAUUUCCUCCUGCAAUUGACCUGGUGAUUUCAAAUUAAAAGUAUUUUGUAUUGUGUAAAUAGUAAUUUUUAUUUAUGAUAGAGUAAGUGCCAUAAGUACAAAUUGUUAUAGUUCCUUCUUUUAGGAAAAACAUUUCCCUUAUCUCGGGUGACAAGAAUGAUUUUUUUUCUGUGAACAAGUGAACAUGCCAUUCUUUUCAGUUUUCUAUCUUUUUCAAGAUAUAAUGCUACUUAAUCAGAGCAUAGUCAUAUUCUCAUGUUUUCAAAUUUAUUGUUGAUUUCUGCCUUCUCAACAUGUAGAAUGAAAAUAAGGCUUAAUUUAUUAGGGUACUGCAAAAAGAUGAACCACAGCUAAUAUUAAUUUAAGGUAUGCAAAUAACUAAGAGUGCACUUGAGUAAUGAAAGUGGAAAUGGGUACAAAAAGUAAAAGUAAGAAGACAUGGAUAGAUUUAGUGAGGGAUUAUUGACGAGAAGACACAGUACACUUAAGAACAUCCAGAGGUCUUAAUGUUUGUAGACAGCUUUACACAAGCCAGCUUGCUCUAUAAUGCAUAAGAGCCUACAUGGUAUAGAUAUAGCUUCAGAAGGAUUACUGAGCAAAUUACUGUACGUGGAUUUGGUACACUUCCAAUUUAGGAGUUUGUUAAAUAACAGCAGCAGUAAUUUAAUAAUCUAAAUGUUUUGACAAGUGCAUUGCCCAUGUACUUGGGUGGUUCAUUAAGUGAAAUGUUAUUUAAUGAAGGUAAACAUAGCCAUAGCAUAUCUGGCCAAGUAGGAAUUAUUGAAUUUAAUAAUGAAAACCAUUUGGGUAUUACUGCAUUAAAAUAUUACAUUUGUAUAAAUUCUUAUAAUAGUUUACAUGAAUGUUAAUUGCUUGAAUAAUAAGCAUUUUGUGACCAUAUGGUGACUAAAUGGAAUUCUGGUGUUGCAGCACAAUACACUGGUUUUGAAUACAGUAGCAUUUGACACACAGCUGAGCAAACCCCAAUGUGUGAACAGUGCACGUCUCGUGAUCUCCAGAGGGAGGAAACAUUACUUGGUUUGCCAGGAUGUAAGUGACUGGCAGGUUUUAGGUCUGUAAACAACAAUUUGAUUGCUUGUUAGUAGCAAAUUCAGAUAAGUAGCAAGAUAGUUAUUUUUUAAUGCAGACUCAGUUUUAUUUGUUGAUUUUAUGAGGUCAGAACUGGUCUACAAUCAUUUAUAUACAGUACUGUAUUGCCAUGCAUGGUUAUACAACACGUAGAUUUUUUUCUUUAUACUUUUAACUUUCAUUGUGUAAUGUGUUGUUAAUUAAAAACAUAGACUGCUUUAAUAACAUUACUAAGAAAAUGGUUAUCCAGAAAAAAAUAGGCUUGUUUUUAUGAAAGAAUUUCUUUGCAUUGUAUGUACCUGUACAUUUUUUUCACAUCAUGUAAAAUUAGUUUCGAGAGUUUCUUUUGUUAAGUUACACUGAUAAACAAACCUCACAUUGAUGCUCUGUAUGUGUAAACUUUAAAUUGAUUAAGCUGUUGCCAUUUCAUCAUUCACUUUAAUAACUCUGGCACAUCAGAAGCUCUUGACAUAUGAUAAAUCUCAUGAAGAUUCAGAGCCAAUGUUUAAAAGAAAUGGAGGGAAAGAAUAUGUAAGUGAUAGCAGCAGACACAGCACAAAACUGGUCUUGCUCUCAGAAAGUCUACAUUUCAGCUCCUUUCCAUUCUAAGGGUGCAUAAUAGUCGAGUGUUUAUUAGUGAGGUAAUCCUGUCAAACAUGCUCAGUGAGGGGUUACAAAAUGGAAUGAAUGACCUCAGAUAUGUGGUUUGGUAAACAGCCGUCGAUAGAUAGUAGGACAGUGGCCGGAAUUCUUACACACCUCUUGAGCGAUCAUUACAACAGUAGUCAGUCAUGCAAGUAAUAGACAGCACCAUAAAACAAGUGUGGUCAUCAUGUUGAGUUGGUUUGAAGAAAAUGUUGUAGGUCUCAAGCAGUGACUUAAGAGUUGUGGGCAGUGUGUUUGCUGUAUAACUUAAUGUCCCUAUUAACUGUUAAUUACCCAGGUUAGUAACCCAAAACAUGGAUUGGUGUCUGUGUGUAACAUAGCUUUAUGUUUAGGGCAGAUUCUCUUCUCUGCCCAUCUUUACUAUGGACUUAUUUAAUUCUUCCUCUUCAGUGUUGGAAAUAAUGAUGGGAAGAGAAUUAUUUUUAUUCCAAUGUGUCCUCUUCAUGGAAAACUCUGCCUGUUUCAUAGAAAUUGAUAUUUUUGUAUGUAAUUCCAUGAAGUCUCACUCUGCCAAGAUAGACUGCAGGGUGCAACAUUAUCAUUAAUUUAUAUUUUUUCUAAAACAAAUUUUCAGGAAUAUUGUUUUGUUACAUAAAUGUUUUUGGAAACAAAUUAUCACUGCAUAAUACUUCAUUGCAAAUAGUCUGUCCUGUUUUACUUUUCUUAUUAUUUGUCAUUUCGAAUGAACCAAAGGCACAAAAUGUUUCUCUUUGUGAUAUUAACAAUGUUGUGAUAUUUUCAAGUUGUGUUCCAAACUCACUCAAGAAAAAGAAUAUUAUGCUUUUGUGACAUUCAUAUUUGGCAUUGUUGAACCUUGGCCAAGACCAUGGGAAGAAAACCAAAAACAAUAUGGGCCCCUCACUGAACCUAGAAUACUGUAGUAUAUAACAAGCAGAGAUGGGAAGCACAGUGUCAUGAGAGCUGGAUACCGUUUGAUAAAAGUAACGUAGUCAAUAUUUAGCACACAUUUUCAUUGAGAACGUAAUACUGAAGAACAAAUGACCUACCUUGCUCCUCAUGCUAAGACACUUGUUGGCUAGGCCAGAGAUAACCCUGUGUAAGAUCACCUUUUUGUUGUUUUUUGCAUUCAGACAAUAGUUUAUUACAGUACUACAAAAUACUUGAGGAUGUUAGGCAACCACUUUGGCUACAAUCUGAAUGUUGUCCCAAUGUAGCUAUUUUUUAUGUUUAUUACAUGCAAUAAUGAAAGAGCAACAUAAUACCUUUUAUUGAUUAUCUAUAUAAUUUGUUAUUAAAGUCAGAAAUUUCUAACUAGAAAAAUGUGAGCCUGAUUCAAGAUUACUUAUUUUUGUGGCUACACAUAAAUGUCAUACCCGGAAGCUAGUCUCUCAGUGACUCAGCGAGUGUGCUUCCCUCUCUUCCCUUGUGCAUUUUGAGUGUCACAUUGUUUUGCCUCUGUUUCUGCUUUACUAGUAUUGAAAUAGUUUACCAUUUGAUCUUGAAUUGUAUCAUUACAAAAGUCAACAAUGUGACUGAUACUGAUAAUUGUGCUGCCAGUUGCAGUACCUGGUGGCUGGGAAUGUGAACUCAGCAAGCCAGAGGUUGUACAAUGUACUAUGAGUCAAGGAAACCUCACCACUGUAAACUCAGACAACUCUGUACAAUGAAACUUUAUUAUUUUUGUACUUACAAGUCCUAGUGAAGCGCGGUACUUAAAAAGUGUACUUGGUCGGUUGACUUGGCUUCCAGGCACUGCAUCUUGCACCAUUGAUGUAAGUCUGAAUGUUGUGUUUCAUUUUGCCAUAUGUGUUGUGAACCAAGAUAGUGGGUGCAGCCCAAGCCGCUGACCAGUGAAGCGGCACAGAGCCAUCUCGAGUCCAGCUGUCCUACAGGGAGGAUUUUGGUCCACUCUUUCAGAUUACAAGUCCAACCAGCCAUAUAGCUUAUUCCACUACCCCCAGACCAAUAGGCCAGCAGUCUGUCACCCAGGGUAGCAGUGUGAUCCAGAUGACGGCUGUGGCAUGGGACAGUCAGUGCUGAUAGCUCAUUUAUUUUGUCAAGAUAUAUCCAGAAGAAAACACAGCCCUUUUUUGGAUGUGUUAAUAGCCCAGAUGACAGAAAAGAAAGCUCUCGGUGGUCUAACUUCAGUGAAAUGUGAAGGUACUAACUUUUUCAGGCAAUUUCUUUUAAUUUUAUUGCUGAUGCAAAAGAAAGCAAAAGUUGGGUCAGUCUAAUUCAGUUUUGCAUGAGAGAAAAUGGACACAUUAACAUCUUGAUAAGCAAAGACGACACUGAAGCAGCGGCCACUCUGAGCUCAACUCCUCAACGUCACAGACACUUAUUACAUUCACCAACAAGGGUGGAGUGAUUGGUGUAGGACAUGGGGCCCAGUUCUCGGUCACAAUGGACCCAGUGAGAGGUCCUCGAGCUCUCUAGCAUUCAUGUUAAGUCCUAAUAAAUAAAUGGACCCAAAAGGGCCAUUAUUCCGCUUA